AUGCGCCAGCAGUCGACCGAUACGGUCGACAAAGCGGUGUGGACGGAGGAAUCGGGUGCGGCGCGUCUGGAGGCUGUACUCGUCGCGUUAGUAGAGCGGAAGUCACGCGCACUUCACGCGGAGCAUACGAGACGGCGCGCUCGCACACAUCCCCUACUUCUGCUGUUACGGGACCAUCUGCCUGACGAGGAGGCGUCUAUAGUAGAGAGCCCCGGCGGAGGAAUCAGACAUUGGUGUGAACAUGAGGGUCCUAAAAGAAAGCAUAAGAAACUGAAACUUAAUACUCAUCAUGGCGAUAUACACAGUCCUGAGUGUUAUGAGAUGGAGCGCAGACGACGUAGGCGGAGACGUCACCACUCUCAUGCACACAAGCCUAAGAAACAUAGGACUCUUCUCGUAUCCGCUAUUGACGAACAGGCGAAAGUUAUACACGUAUUGGACCCUGAUGAGCUGCCCCGUCGAGCUCGCUAUACGAUUAUGGUGACUGCUUGCCUGCUCCUCUUCCUUUGUCUGUUACUUGUUGGUGUUACGCUUCGGAUGGCGCCACUCAUCGAUGAUAUGGAUUUGGAGAAAUUAUCUAACGUGUUUUUAGAGUUUAAAGAGGGUGCUUUCCAGAACUUUCCGGAACCUAUUCCAAUCAGCGAAUCAGGUGUGGAAGAAAGUUCUUUAGAGAAUUUGAGAAGAACUACCUCUCAAAUGUGUGUUCUUACUUAA